AUGUCAGCAGGAGCAGGGGAUAUAAACUGGAAGAAAUUUUAUACCGCGUGCCAAAACGGUGAUUUAAAUACAGUUCAACUAUUGCUGCCAACACUAAACUCCGAUCAACUGAAUAAACAUGGAGCUAACAAAAGCACUGCUUUGCAUGUUGCAUCAUGUCAUGGGUAUAGUGGAAUCGUGGAACUUCUUUUACAACAUCCAGACAUCGAUCAUACUUUGAAGGAUCUUGAGGGUCGUACGCCUUUCAAAAGUGCUCUCGAUGAUCAGAUCAAACAACUCUUUCUAAAAGUAGCAAAAUGUGGUACAGAAGAUGACUAUAAUCGAUUUAUUGCAAAGGUCGAUAUUGAAUGGCAUGAUACUUAUCCAAACGCCUAUCGCAUUGCUAAAGACAAUCAUGAUUUCAUGGAAAAAUGGUUAACAAAAAUUCCAUUAAAGAAACUGUUGACAGAAAUUCAAGUUGGUUAUCUCGAUCCGAUGAAAGCUGAAUUGUGGGAACUAAUGAAGAGUGACGACCACUAUGCAGAUCUUGCAAAAUAUCUUCGCGAAGCACUCGACAAGAACAAUCCACUGCCGCUCAUCAAAAUGUAUACAGUAGAGACGAACUUCUAUCGUAUACUCAAUGCAGAUUUAGCUAAGCUAGGCUCUGAUUUUCGAUUUACCAAAUCCAAUGCAUUCUUAGAUAAAAACUAUCGGGAUGAUAUUCCACCCAAAGGUCAAGGACAGUAUUUACUUGCAGCCAUUCUUAUCAAUCAUGAUAUAUUUCAAUCGCAUCAUUUCACAGGAAAAGCUUAUCGUGGUAUGAAAAUUAGUAGUCGUCAGUUCUCGAAAUACUCCAUUGGUUCAUCCAUCAUAACGCGUUCAUUUCAUUCAACAUCCAAAGAUUAUAAUACAGCUAGAGAUUUCGCAAAACGCGUAUCAUCUACUCCUGGUGGAAUGGCAGGACGCUUACAAGUACUUUUUAUAUAUCAUAUAAAAAAUCCUCGUACGGGAUUGGAUAUUAUUGAAUGGUCAAAGCACCCUGAUGAAGAAGAAAUUUUGAUUGCACCUUUUUCAGCAUUUAAGAUAAUCGGAGUAAAAAGAAAUCACGGUAGUCCGAGCGAAAUUGAAUUCGAGGAAUGCGAAGCUUAA